GUGCCAGGUGCGAAUCUUCCUCCUUAAGUGCUCGCUGUCGCCUAUAAAUUUGCAGUAGAGGGCCGGCCCCCUGCCGGAGAAGCGUGGAGGUCGGCGUGUUUCCCGCGCACAUGGGCCAGCAGGCCUGCGAUCAGCAGGGGAUCGCGCGCAAGCCCCAUAUCUGCUGCGUGCCCGCUCCGAGCGCUCCCAAUUUGUGCAAAGGAAGCUCCUGGUUAGGGAAGGCCCAGCCCAAGAAGCCAUGCCCCUCUGCGGGACUGCGCAGAGGAGACGCCACCGCCGUCGGAAGUGGAGAGGAAGGAUGCAGCGAGGCCCGUGAAACUGCCGCCGAUGGCUCGCAAAACAAGACCGGCGAAGGACCCUGCGCAAGCGAGCCGGUCUCGGUCAGGGAGGCGAGCAAGAGCGCCGCUUCCGACGUGAACCUGGACCGGGAGGAACGACGGCACUACUCCCGUUUGCGCACAGCGUUCACCAUGGAGCAGCUCCGCAGGUUGGAGAGCACCUUCCGGCGACAACCCUAUCUGAAGCAGUGGGAAAGGCAAGACUUGGCCGCGGAGCUGCACCUGACGGAAGAGCAGGUUAAAAACUGGUUCCAGAAUCGCAGGAUGAAACUUAAGCGACAGCUACAAGACUAUCGCCGACGCCUCUGGCCUUCAUCUCCCGGCUGUCUGAUAUGUCAGCCCAGGAUCCCACCCAGCCUUCUACCUUAUAUGCCAAAUCCUGCUUUGUGGCCCAAUCCUCCUGGCUGCAAGUACCAGCCCUUCCAAAAUCCACCUUAUCCAUUUCCAUUACCUGGUCUGCCUUACCACUUUCCAACCCAGUUCUCAGGAAAUUCAACUGAAGAGUACAAGAUGGAUUCUUCCAAGCAAACUUUUCCUACUCCUGCAUUAGGAUAUGGGAUGGCGUGGUAGAUCUUGUUCAGAAAUAUGUUGGUUUUAUUGCAGAGCAUAUAUAGGUAAAUGUGCAAGAACACAUAACAUUGAAUAAAUUGAAUAAAGAUUGAAUAUUGAA